UAUAUCCCCAGAAUGGAAGCAAACAACUUUUACUGUGUACACAGGCCUUUAUUCACAGUCCGAUUCGGACUUAAGGUGAAGGUAUGUUUGGAAUGAUGCGGAAUUCGGUGCAGAUCAAACAAGAUUGUAUUUGAUUGGAUUCACGUUUUGCGCCGAACUUCUAUUCGCUUCUGUCUGGCUUCCGCUCUGUUUUGAUUUUCCAGAUCCGAUGACAAACUUACAGAUGAGUGAGAGAUCAGGUAUGCUUUACUUUACAAAGAGCAAAUGGAUCUCGAAGUAAAACCAUGUAGAUCUCUGCCGCCGUUGGUCGAAGGCAAAGUUCACGGCAAUUUGAAGCUCGUUAUUGACGAGAUCAUCUGGAUUAGAAGAAAUCCCGGAGAUGUCACAGUAGUGGCUUCCUGGUGGGGCGAGCAGGACAGCGCGCAAUUCAGGCCAAUAGAUAGUAUUGAAGAUACCGUAAGAACAAACAGUGAUACAACCGAGAUAUACGAUAUAAGGACCAAUGCCACGUUGUUUGAGGAUUAUAUUAAAAAUUGUGAAGCAAUAGAAUUAGUAAUCAUAGCGGAGAAGAUUCACGAGGUUAUCGGCACGGUACAUGUGGGAGAAUUGUCCAGGAUACUUACGUGCGAACCUUAUUCCGAAUUUUUUUCGAUAAUAAAUAACAGCGGAAGCAAAGUAGGAAAGAUACAUGUUUUUCUGCAAUUAACAUAUUUAAAAAAACUUUCAAACAUGCAGUCAAAACCGUACAAAUGUAGUAAGAAACAUGUAGAUAAUGAUAUUUUACUAUCUGGUGUUAAUGAUUUACAGUAUAAUAAAAUUACAUCUGUAACAUCUUGUAAGAAUAUGGAAAAUAUUAAGAAAAGAAACUCCGCGAAAUCUACGAAUAUUGAUACAUUUGACACAUACAGAUCUGUUCUUAAGACCAGACAACCAGAGACUCCAGUAUAUAGAAAAAAAUUCAACGAAAUGAUGACAGACAAGUUGGUCGCUCAGAUUGUUGCUAGAGCACAGCGACUCAGAGGAGCGAUAUUAAGAGAAACUUGUAAUGAGGAUUCUUUAGCCUUGAGUGAUACUUCAAUGAACAAUGAACCGAACGCUUCGGUGGAAAAUGAUACAAAACUGUACGAAUAUAUUUUGGGAAAGAAAAUGACUUUCUCGGAGGAGAAAAAAGCCCUGGAUAUAUUGAGAUCAAUAUCUCCACCUCCGAGUUUCAUAGAUCUAGCAUCUGAAACGAUUAAAACUGAUAAAAAUGAUAAUAAACAGACUGAACAGGCUGAGCAUUUCUCCCUGAAAUUGAACAAUCCAGUAGAAGAUGCGUUGCAUAAAGAGACCUAUACUGAGCUAAACGAGACACAUCCUCUUGAUUACAUAGACAGCAUAAGAAUUUUCAUUGAAUCCUUCACCAUGAGUCCCGCGGGAUAUAGGCGCGCGAAAUCCACAUGCUUGCAACAUGAUGUGCCGUUAACGAUGACGUAUUUCAUUCAAUAUGACACAACGUUUAGAUCUGUAAGGCAAACAGAUGCGAAAUCUAAGAAAGACAAUAAGUUCGUAAGAACAUGUGCUAAAAAACAAACGGGUCGAGUAAUUGACUUCAACUCGGAAGGUGUCUACAGCAUACCGAGACACAUUGUGAACAAAAGCUUUCCUUUGAAGUUCAAAUUAUUUGUUCGACAUAUUAAUCAAAAAUUUCCGACUGAAUUGGGAUGUGGUUCUAUGAAUGUCAGUGAUAUUGUUACUAGCGCAAAUUUAAGCAGUACUCAGUGCAUAGCUAUUGUAAACAAAGGCAUCAAAAUAGGCGAGUUAAAAGUCACCGCGGAAUUGGGCUGUAAUUCCAUGAACUUCGGAAAACAAUUUGUUGAUGCUGUAUUGUCUGCCAAAGAAAAUAUUCCUAUUUUGGAAACAAAUCCUACAGCGAGCGCGAAUAGUAACAGAUAUAGAAGCGCAACGGGAACUCAUUCUUCCAAAUCUAACAACAAAGUGUCAUCGGUCUCCGCCAAGCGAAUUGAAUGUUUCGCCAAUAAUAAUAGCAAUAAGGAUUUAAUUUCUAAAGAAAAUAUAAUGAGGCACCGAGAACAAAAUUUAGAUAAUAAGAAGAUUGACACUAGUAAUCCAGAAAGCAGUACUAAGGAUAAGGUUUUGCUUCAUGGUUUAAUAUAUGUGGGCGAGGGUAAAGACUUGCCAGAAUCUAAUACUUAUCUAAUAUGUAGAGCAUUUUGGAGAGAGGAUAAAGCGACCAGUCAAAUCUGCAAUAAUACGAAACAUCCGUUUUAUCAUUUUUUUCAACUAGUACCUUUAAUUCACGGUACAGAACUGCUGGAAAGAAUCAGGGAUAAUCAUAUAAUCAUAGAGGUGUACAGUCGUCAAAACAGCGGGACGGAUAAUUUGUUGGGAAUAGCGAAGUUGUCUGUGCAUCAGUUAUACAUUGCCUACAGAGAUCCGCUCGUUCUGCCUCAUUUGUUAUUGUCAAAGUAUCCCGUAAUAAGUGUGGACGGUUGGGUCAAUAUAAACGAUCCAAUAAGUGGAAAAUUUUGCGGAGAACUGUUCGCGCUGGUUGCGCUCGGUACUGCGGAACAAAUUGCGUCGCUAGAAAUGUCAAGAGGUCUGAGAAACACCAGUAUCGUAUCGCGAACACUUUGUAGCCAUCAGUGCUAUGACAAUAUGAAAUACGAAAUGACUCGUCAUCAACAGAAUUCGCAGUCUAACGUCUCUGAGAUGGCGAAUCUCAACUCGGGCCCGUCCACUUGUGAUAAUUUCGUUUAUCACGGUUAUAACACGCCCGAUCGGGAUUUGGCUUUUGCGGAUCACAAAACUCAAGAGAGCCAGACAGACAUUUCGAGUCUUAAAAAUGCUGCAACGGACAGCCCGGUGCGGGAAACUGCGUAUACGAAACAUUUGACUUUGCAUACUUUGGUCGAUCGAUUGGCCAAUGUGUUGCACAGCAAUAAAAACAACACAGAUCAGUCGGCUCAAACAGAGAUCGGCGGAGAUGAUCAAACGAUGGAUGUAGGAGCCACCGAGGAAUUACGUUUGAAUACAUUAAACAGUAACAGCAAUAGCAAUCUCAAUGACGACAGCAACAGCUGCAGUCCGGGAAACAAUUUUCGACCUACCGAGAUGUACAGAAGCGUCGGCGUUGGCGCGGAAUACGAAGAAUCGAAUCAACAACAGAACAAUAACGUUUAUCAUAAUCUAUCUCAGUCGCCCGUAAACACGGAAGAAAACACGGAGAAAGAGGAAUCUAACAUUACCUGCGAUGGUUCUUUCUUCCGAUCUGUUGUGGAAAUCGAGUGUGCGUUGCAUUUGCCAAAGAUCGAGGGUCCAAACGAAUUGCUGGAACCGAGCACGUACGUAACCUUUCAAGAUCUGUCUCACAAACGCGAUCAUAAUGAUCAGUCAAAUUCGUACGUGGCGACAAAUGUGUUUCGACACAGUUGCAAUCCAAAAUGGAAUUGGAGAUGCGAUGCAAAAUUAUCGACGGAUUUGCUUUUGAACAAUCAGAAAAGACUAAUUCUCAAAGUGUGGCACCUGAACGAUCCAGACGCAUCCGCCGAAAUCAAUUUGGAAAGAGACACUAUAAUUGGCUUUUCUGCCAUCGAUCUCUCGGUACUGAUGGCCGGAUUCCCCAUGGUAUCCGGAUGGUUUCACAUCAUGGACUUGACCGGAAGAUGUAACGGACAGAUCAAAAUAAGUAUCACACCUCUGGACAGUUUAUUACCGUUAAGAAAAUUAGCAUCGGUCGCUGCUAAUAAUUUAUCAAGAUGCGGUAAUUUGUCGCAAACAAACAGGCCGUAUCACGCGUCUUACGGCAAUGCAGAGCCAAACAGUGUACAUCAAAUGGUAUCGUAUAUAAGCCACAAUAAAGACAGAUUUGUACAAAAUGAUCAUAAGCCGAAUGAUUUUGUAGCAGACAUUGGUCACGGUUUAGAAGACAUUUCUAUGUCUUUUCUGUCAUCGUCACUGAGACAAAAAUUGACCGAACUAGAUCAGAUAACGAAACGUUUGCAAUCACGUUUGCGUGAUGUAACGAGCACAGCUUUCGAGGAUGAUAUCGACAACGAUUUCGACAUGAUCGAACUAAAUAGCGACAAUGAGAAUACUGACGAAAGAAACGAGAAUAACGACGAGAAUUCGCAGAUACCGCAGCGUGCAGUUUCCGUGUACUCCUCUAACGAAACGUCGCAGAUGGCACAACAAUGUAAAACACAAAUUGCUCGAAACGCUGCGAAUAGCGAAAAACAAACUUCUUUUACCAGCACCACUAAUCCACACCUCGAGCCGUCGUCUAAUCAAUGCAGAACUGUGAGUUCCGAAGCGACCGAUCCUAAAUAUUGCUCCAACCCGCACUUCGGUCAACAACAUCCCGGAUAUUAUCACAAUCAGUACAAAAAUCAGUACAGUUCGACUCGUGACUAUCUGUCGUACGGUAACAGCGCGGAAUAUCCGGUGCGAGGUACCAGAACUCACAUAAAUCAUCUACUUGACAAGCUCUCGUUGGAUCUGCCACCUAGACUAAACCCGGAAAUGAACGCACCGAUGAAGAAAGAUAUUUUACAGCUGUUCGCGGCUUUGCGGGAGCACAAGAACAGUUCGCAGGUUCAGGACAAGAGCGUUCACACCGUCAGUACUUGCUCGAUGCCCGCGCAAAUUAAUAACAACACGGACGAGCGCCACGUCGUUUAUUCUCACGCGAACAAUUCUGCUGCGUCCGACAUCAGCGAGAGCACUCCCAAAUCGUCCGAGGAGUCGCGACAACCGUCCAGCAGAAUAUCGACCGUGAUACGCGAGGAAUUGGUCGCGGAAGAAAACAACGACAGUGUGAACUGUGACGAGCUGACGACGUAUUUGUUAACUUCAAACAUACGUCAUCUGGAUCUGGACAACAUAAUUAAUCCGCUUCUGUAUCAGCAUCUGAUACCGGAUCUGCAGGUUUCGUCGGUCGCGUCGCCGGAAGUGGAAGCCGUGAAGCAACUGGAUAAUCGAUAUUCGAGAAGUUUCAACGCGGCUAUUCAAUGUGGCACCAAGAUCGAUCGUUCGACAAGAGAUGAUGACGACGCUUCAUCUCGCGUGGACGCGCAAACGAACAGACGGACGAACGUGUCGGAGUCCGAGGAUGGGAACACCCUAUCCUCGACAUCUUCGAGCGCGUCGGAAAACCCGAACGACAGCAUCGACAUCACCGUUAUUUACAAAUCCACAAACGAAUUGAUGAUGAGUAACAAUGCGGGAUCGUCUACGUCAAACGAGUUGUUCGACAAAUUGUUGAUAAAGCAGGUGAACGACGACAAGAUGGAAAAUUGUUCCACCAUAUCGGAACUGUCUUUUCCCGGAGUGUCGAGACAAGCGCCCGAAGGUGGAAAUCCCGUGGAGGAGGUUAAGAAGCCGGUAGUGUCGAAGCAACACGACGCCGCGCAAGAUGACACAUCCUAACCAACCGAGACGCACGUUUUGAUUCUCACACACUUGUAAUUAGACUUAGAAAUAUAUAUAUAUAUAUAAAAGUAAUUUAUAUAUUUAUAUACAUUUUAACAAAGAGAGAGAGAGAGAGUGCAAGUUUUAUAAUAUGACAAAUAAACUUUAAACCAGAUCCGGCCGGAGUCAUUGCACUUCAGGGCGCGGGAGAAAGUGGGAACGUGAUAAUAGGUAAAAACGUCGCGGCCCAAUGUUCGCGGAAGUGCAAACUCCGGCUGGCUCCGUUUUAAAACUAUAAAUUCGCGAUAAAUUUUCCAAGAUAAACCAAGCGUUGGUAUUGCGUAUGAAGUUGUACCUUGUCUUUAAAGUAAUCUUAAGGUCUUUCGUGCUAAUAUUUUUCUGUUUGUAAAUCUAACAUUCACAUUGAUACUUGAACCAAUUGUAGCGACGGACUCGAACUGGCCUCGACACGCGCGCACACAUCUAUGCGUCACAAUAAAACUUACCGAUUCCAGAACUUUCAGUAAAUGACGACCUGUAUAUAAAUAAUGAUGAUAUCAAAUAAAUAUUGAUUACAAUUG